AAUUAGUGUUAUGGCAUUUUCGUUGUGAGUUUGUUCUGUCUAGUUGUGAUCAUGUGUUGAGGAAGUUGGAACCAUAGCGAGAAUACGAUGGAAGCUUUUCAAGCCCUAUUGAGUAACAUGCCAUGGGAAAUUGGAUUUUUCCAUUUAAAGUUCUGGGUCUGGCAAAUUUGAGUAUCAAGCCAUCGUUGCCUGUUGCAUGGGUGAGACUUUUGCCUCUGUACUCAGCCAAUUCCUUCACAACAGAAAUCUCAAGGUCCAAGCUGAACCCCCAAGUGUUCGAAAAGCAAUCAACUCAAUCGUCACUUACCUCAGAGCGGGUCGCCUCCGAAAAGCUGUGUCCGUACUUUUCGCUUUCCCUGAACAAUUCCCGUAUUGCCUGUAUGCUCAUCUGUUCCAGAUAUGUUCCUAUCAUCGAGCCAUUGUUGAGGCUCGGAAGGUCGAGUCUCAUUUGGUCACCUUCUCUCCUGUCCCGCCGGUUUUUCUUCUUAACCGGGCAAUAGAAACAUACGGUAAAUGCGGUUCUCUGAAUGAUGCCAGGGAGCUGUUUGAGGAAAUGCCACAAAGAGAUGGAGGGUCUUGGAAUGCAAUGAUCACGGCCUAUGCGCAAGGGGGUUACCCAGAUGAGGCAUUGUCAUUAUUCCAAUGCAUGAAUAAGUUGGGAAUUUAUUCAAAUAAUAUCACAUUUGCUAGCAUUCUUGGUUCUUGUGGUGCGGUAUCUGAGCUUCAUCUUGCACGGCAAAUUCACGGGCUCAUAACAAAAUAUGGUUGGGAUCGCAAUGUAAUUCUAGGGAGUUCUCUUGUUGAUGUUUAUGCCAAGUGUCAGGUUAUGUGUGAUGCCCGUAGAAUGUUUAAUGAGAUCCAAUAUCCUAAUGCCAUCACCUGGAAUGUGAUUGUGAGACGGUAUCUGGAUCAUGGUGAUGGUCAGGAAGCCAUUAUCAUGUUUUCACGGAUGCACUCCACCGAAAUCAAGCCAUUCAACUUUACAUUCUCAAAUGCUCUUGUCGCUUGUUCGAGCAUAUCUGCACUAAAGGAGGGGAUGCAAAUACAUGGAGUUAUUAUUAAACUGGGUUUUCAAGAAGAUGAUAUUGUUUCAAGCUCUCUUAUUAACAUGUAUGUGAAGUGUGGUGAACUAGAUAAUGGUUCUAGGAUUUUCGAUCAGCUUGGCUCAAAGGAUUUGGUCACUUGGACUUCAAUUGUGUCAGGGUAUGCGAUGAGUGGAAAAACACAAGAGGCAAGGAAAUUUUUUGAUGAGAUGCCUGAACGUAACGUGAUCUCAUGGAAUUCCAUGCUUGCAGGAUAUACCCGUUGCUCUGAAUGGUCAGAGGCAUUGGAUUUUGUGUAUUUGAUGCUUGAUGAAACUAACGCAUUGGAUCAUGUCACUCUUAGCUUGAUGUUAAACUUGUCUGCUGGACUUUCAGAUCAUGAAAUGGGGAAGCAAAUUCAUGGUUAUAUCUAUCGACGUGGAUUCCACACUAACCUUAUGGUCAGCAAUGCCCUUCUUGACAUGUAUGGUAAAUGUGGAAUGUUGAAUUGUGCCAGAGUUUGGUUUAGCCAAAUGAGUUACGGGCAUGACAUGGUUUCUUGGAAUGCUUUGUUGACUAGCUAUGCUCAGCAUCAAUUAGGUGAGCAAGCUUUAAGAAUAUUUUUAGAGAUGCAGUGGGAGAUAAAACCAACUAAAUAUAUGAUUGCAACCCUUUUGACAGCUUGUGCAAAUACCUGUGCAAUUCACUAUGGCAAACAAAUUCAUGGAUAUAUAAUUAGACAUAAAAUUGAGAUGGAUACUAUUAUUGUAACUGCUUUGAUAUGCAUGUAUUCUAGAUCUCGUUCUCUUGAGAAUGCUUUUGAGGUUUUUAAAGGGGCAGAUUCUAGAGAUGUGUUCCUUUGGAAUCACAUAAUAUUUGGGUGCUGGUACAAUCAUAGGGGUCUAGAAGCCCUUGAAUUGUUUAGGACAAUGGUGGAGGAAGGCACCCAACCAGACCAUGUGACCAUUCAGGGUAUCCUGUUUGCUUGUAUAGAAGAAGGCCUUGUUGAGUUUGGAACCCAAUGCUUCAGGUCAAUGAGCAAUGAAUUCAGUAUCUUGCCUCGGUUGGAGCACUAUAACUGCAUGAUUGAACUUUACAGCCGACAUGGACACAUGGAUGAACUUGAGAACUUUUUGAAGACAAUGCCUAUUGAGCCUUCAAUUCCAAUGUUAACCAUAGCCCGUGAUGCUUGUAAGAAGCAUGGGUACUCAAGGCUGGAAGAGUGGAUCAUGUAUCAACUUGCGAAAUUUGAACACUAA